AUGGCAACGGGUGUACAGCAAGAACAGCUCAUACCUACUAUACUAAAAACUCAACACUUUUCUCAAACCGACUCCCAACAGUCGAAUGAUGACGACGUCCGAAAGUCGGUUAAUAAUAACGACGGCGUAAACGAGGACGAAGACGACAACUUUGCUGAUUACGCCUCUUCUUACGAGACAGAUCGUGACAAUGAUUCCCACAGUCAACGAAGACCAUCGGAUGGCUCUGUAGUAUCAGAGUCUUCGUCAGUGUAUGAAGACGACGUGAAUACCGAAUCUCCCACAUCCGCUAAUUCUGAAGACAAUUCUUUCAUUCACCUCGAACAGGACGCCGACAACUCGAUACAUAGCAAUGCAAUAGAGUACAUCAAUGACAAUGAUACGACACACCAGAAAGAGUUGGCACAGUCCGAUGAUGACGACAGUAUAAAUUCAUUCCAUACCGACGAGGCAGACGCAACAAACGAUCACGACUCGCUCAGAAAGAACGCACUUGAGAACAGCAAGCGUUUUGACGAAUUCCCAGAAACAGUUGAUGAACCCAAGAGUGAAAAAGACGACAAGGAUAAAUCUGACGAUGCGUCUAGCGAGGCAGAAUCAGAUAAACCGGAAUCGCACGAGGUGGAGAAAGUCACCAGCAAGGAUGAUCCAAGUCAAAAGAUGUCCUCUUCUGAAUGGACUAUUGAAGAGCCAUGUGAAAGUGAUUAUGAUAACAAGUCGGACCAUUCGACUGAAUUCGGUAAUAUCCGCAUAAACGAUCAUUUCACGAAUGAUGAUAACGACAACAGUGUGGUCGAGCAUACGCCCAUUUCGAAUGGCGUCUCAGAGUCGCAGUUAGCCUCCUCAGCAAUCCCCCCGUCACCCACGUUUCUCUCGAGCAUGGAUGAUAGAACGGAUGCUGAUUCAAUUAUGUCCAAGUCUAGUUUCUCCUCUGAUCGCUAUUCUGACUACAGUCGAACCCCUGUCGAUACAGUAGAUGACGUUGACAAUGAAAAGUCUCCAACUAACCGCGUGUCGGUUGCUUCUCUCGGCGAGAAUCCGGAACUUAACGAUAUCUCGCUCGACGAUGAGGAACGUGAAGAAGAAAAUUCUGGGGGCUGGUUCUCUAACCAUCUACCACGUACUCCGAAUUCGCUUAAAUCCUUUGCUUCAUACUUUCGACCACUGUCCACUCUGGCUCCGCUCGGUUCAUCACAUACUGAACAGGGUGAAGAUGAUGACUUGUCCGGUGAAUUGAACUUUCCAAAGUCACCCAAUUCAGUCAGAUCAUUCACUUCAAUAUUUAGUUCUCGACCUUCCUCCGCUUCUCCACCAACCACCGUCAGUGAUAAUACUGAAUCUAGGCACAUGUCUAUGGCUUCAUUAACGUCUACCGGAUCUAGUACCGAUUUAUUAUUGGCAAAGCUAGACAAAGACAACCAGAUUUUGGCAGAUGAUCCUAAAAUACUGAAAGCUAAUAUGACUGCUGUCGGAGAAAUCAAGAAAAGUUUCGAGCGCGUACAAACUGAGGCUGUAGAAGAUGAUAUUGACUGGGAUUUUUGGGGUCUUGUCGUCAAUGACUAUGAAGCAGUCGCCAAGUCCCAACCAAAAGUUUUAUCAAGGACAAUUCAGAAAGGCAUACCCACUCCACUACGAGGCAUGAUCUGGCAGUUGAUGUCAAAGUCAAAAGAUGUAGAACUAGAGACUAUAUACGCGCAGCUGCUUAAGAAAACAAGCGUUCACGAAAAGCUAAUUAUGAGAGAUCUCAAUCGUACUUUCCCGAAGCAUGAAUACUUCCGAGAUCAGAACGGAAUCGGGCAAGAGGGAUUGUUUAACGUCGUCAAAGCGUAUUCCUUAUAUGAUAGAGAAGUGGGAUAUUGUCAAGGAAUAUCGUUUGUUGUGGGUCCACUGUUGCUUAACAUGCCAGACGAAGGAGCAUUCUGUGUUCUAGUUCGCCUUAUGACCAUUUACAAUCUACGCGGGAAUUUCCUUCCCGGAAUGGAUGGACUUCAAUUGCGUUUAUAUCAAUUCGAUAGAUUGGUUGAAGAUAUGCUUCCCAAAGUCAAUUCUCAUCUCAAAACACAAGGAAUUAAUUCAUCAAUGUAUGCAUCACAAUGGUUUAUGACGUUAUUCGCCUACAAGUUUCCGCUUUCUCUUGUAUUCAGGAUAUACGAUACCAUAUUCACUGAGGGGGUUGAAGCUCUAUUCCGAUUUUGUAUUGCCUUGCUCAAAAAGAACGAGGCUGCCAUUCUCGGGAUGGAGUUUGAGGCUUUGCUCGAGUUUCUUAAGAGUGGUUUAUAUAACAGCUAUGCGAUCAUUCCUACUGGUGUACUUGCUAAAGAAGUUGUCUCUGAGCAUCAGUACGAUGCGAAUGAAUUUGUUAAGGAUGCUUAUUCGGUCAGCAUUACAAUGAGAAGGUUGAACAAGUAUCAGAAACAAUAUUAUGCAAUACAGGAAGCAGAAAGACAGAGACAAGCAGCCGAAUCGUCAGCAUUAGAACAACUGAGGAUAGCCAACAAUCAUCUUUCCAAUCAAAUUAAACAGCUGGAAGCCAGUUUACAGACAAUUAAUAGAGAACACAUCGAAUUAGCUAACUUACAUGUGGGCAAUAAGGUAGAAUUAGUUCGGGUCAAAGAUGAGAACGAUGCGCUGCGCCAAACAGUUGCAGAUCUUCGUUUGGCAUUAGAUAAUGCGCCCGCAGCGAUAGAAGAAAAGCUACGUGCUGAGAUGGAUUCACUAGCAAAGAAGAACGUUGAGCUUGUUACACAAAACAAUAAGCUUGAAGAUCAGUUAGCUACUACUGAGAGUAUGCUUAUUGAAUAUAAAAUGCGAUAUGCAGAAAGUGAGAAUGAGCGAGAAGCCUUACGGCGUAAGUGGAACGACCUCAAACGGGCGCUUAACUGA